CCCGCCCCAACCCCUGGAGAAGCAGGGCUCACAGAGGUGGGGCAACCCACCUGGGUCUCAGAGCAAGGCAGGGGCAGAGCCCCGGGGCUUUCUGCUGCCCCAUCCCCUGCCUGGGCUGGACUCUGGGACUCAGAGAUUGAGAGUGCCUCCUGCGCCUGUUCACCCCUCUCUCCUCAGCCCCAGAACAGGCCACAUCCUUUUAUGUGGGCCCUCAUCCCCCACUCUCCUCUGGCCUCCCAGCUUCCGGUUUAUCUCGUUCAGUCCAGGCUACAUAGAGCUCCCGCGAUGACCCUGCCCCUCCCCUGCUCUCAGUGCUCCCAUGGCUCCCCAGCACCCCGGCAGAAGUCCCAAGCUCUGCAGUCUGAUAACCAAAACCCUGUGUGCUGUGAUCCCCACCCGUCUCUGUCGCUUCAUAUCUCACUGCUCCCCUCCAAGCAAACUCCUCUCCAGUCCCUGAAGGAGCCCCGCCACGGUGCCUCUGGGCCUUUGCACAGGCUAUUCUUUCUGCCAGGCACAGCUUUCUCCUCUCGGCAGCCUGGAAUGUUCCUCCUCACUACUCAAGAUUUCAAACAUCACUCCUUUGUUAUCUCUCUGCCAGAUCCCCUCCUCUCUGUCCCCACAGCUCUGGCCCCAUCAUCUCCUAGACCCUUUCGCCCCAUCUCUUGCUCACAGCCCUCCCGUGCCCGUGCCCCUGCCCCGGCAUCCUCAGGCAAAGUCCCAGCCCCUCAGACUGAUUAUUUUAGAAUGUAUUCAUCUCCUCUGUCGUUCCAAACGGGGAUCAAUCAACUCUUCCAUGGCAAAGCCAUGCUGGAGACCCAGAGAUGAGUCCGCUAUGAGCCCUGCGCUGAGGGAAGCCAGGGAAACAGAUACACAGAAAAAGAAUACACAGCUUUCCCCUCUCCGACCCCUUCCCCUGCCCUGCCCACCAAAGGCCCAGAGACAGAACAAAGGUGCCAUUGUCCAGAGGAGGCAGAGCCCAGAGAGACAAGUGGUGGUGGGGUGGGCCUCCUGGGCUUGGGGACAGCUGGACGAAAGGCUGGGGGUAGCAGCACAGGAGAUGUGGUUGGGGACAGGUGGCUGCAACGGGUGGGAUGGGCCUGAAGCCAGGAGGCCAGCAGGGGACAGGUUGGCCCCAGACUCCCGGCUGAACCCCCAUCGCAGCCUCCUGGGCACCGGCAACUAUGACGUCAACGUGAUCAUGGCCGCCCUGCAGGGGCAGGGCCUGGCCGCCGUGUGGUGGGAUAGAAGGAGGCCCCUGUCCCAGCUGGCGCUGCCCCGGGUGCUGGGGCUGAUCCUGAACCUGCCCUCGCCCGUGUCCCUGGGGCUGCUCUCCCUGCCGCUGCGCCGGCGGCACUGGGUGGCCCUGCGCCAGGUGGACGGCGUCUACUACAACCUGGACUCCAAGCUGCGGGCGCCCGAGGUCCUGGGCAACGAGGAUGGUGUCAGGGCCUUCCUGGCAGCCGCGCUGGCUCAGGGCCUGUGCGAGGUGCUGCUGGUGGUGACCAAGGAGGUGGAGGAGAAGGGCUCCUGGCUGCGGACAGACUGACCCCGAGGAGGAGGGGACCACGGCCGCCCACGGGCGUGGCCCCUGCGCAUCCACAUCCAGUUCCCAGCGCCGGGGGAAGGGCCAGGCCCCGCACCUCCUGGACCCAGCGGAGGUCCCAGCCCCUUCCUCGCAACGCCCCCGCCACAUGCCACUGCUGCCUCAAUAAACCAGAUGGAUGAUU